AUGAUUCAUAAUCAAAAGAUGUCUUCUGAUCACAAACCAGAGGCAUCUACUACUUCAACCAUAAUUGCUAGAAGCGAAGAGGCCCUCAUUUCCGAACUAAGUGCUCAGCCAGCAACGGAUUUACGAGACCGAACUCGCCUAAAUAGCGCAUCUUUUACUACCAAAACUGAUGAGAGUUGCGCCACAGAAAGUUCCGGACUUAUUUCAUCCGAACACAAGCAGGAUAACUCUGAAGAUUCGGAAGAUGAUAAUAAGCAAGAAAAGUCAAAAACUGUACCUGAGUCAUUAAAAGUAGCCGAGCGUAAACGUAGACAAAAUGCUGUUGCCGCCGAAUAUAUAAAAAAUAUCAAUAAGAAAUUAGUAAAAGAAGCAAACAAGACACAACCUGGGGACGAUGCAAAUCAAUCUACCAAGUGGCUGGUUAAUCAAUCAGAAAAUCGAAAGAUUAUCUCCACUCCACGCGAGUACCAAGUCGAAUUAUUUAACCGAGCCAAGCAGAAGAAUAUCAUAGCUGUCCUAGACACUGGUUCUGGAAAAACGUUAAUUGCAGUUCUGUUAUUGCGCCACAUCAUUUCCCAAGAGCUGGAAGACCGAGCGCUUGGUAAGAAUAGAAGAAUCUCUUUCUUUCUUGUCGACUCGGUUCAAUUAGUAUUUCAGCAGCAUGCCGUUUUAAAAGCCAAUUUGAACUCGCCAAUGGCAAUGUUUUGUGGUGAUAUGGGAUGUGACCUAUGGAGCAAAGAGCUUUGGGAAAAUCACUUCCAAGAAAAUGAAAUAAUUGUUUGUACGGCUGAAAUUCUACGACAGUGUCUUCACCACUCUUUUAUUAGAAUACAAGACAUCAAUCUCCUUAUUUUUGAUGAAGCUCACCAUGCCAAAAAAGAUCAUGCCUACGCACGUAUAAUCAAAGACUUUUUUGCCACACAACAAGCAGAUAGUUGUUUACCUAGAAUAUUUGGCAUGACUGCAUCCCCAGUCGAUGCCCGAGUAGACGUAAGAAAGGCAGCCUCUGAACUAGAGACUAUCCUUCACUGUCAAAUCGCUACUAUUGAUGAUGAAAACUUGUUACAACUUUCACAUAAAAAUAAUGGAAAGACUGAACAGCUAGCUAGAUAUGCUUCUCUAGCUCCAAGAUUUAAAACACCAUUAUAUCAGCAGAUGUAUGAUUGUUUUUUUAAAAAUAAAAUACUGAUUAAACCCCUUCUCUUUUCUUAUCAAGCUUCAAGUGAAUUAGGGGCUUGGUGUUCAGAUCAAAUAUGGCUAUUUUGCUUAUCUGACAAUGAAACUAAGAAGCUUCUGGCAAAAGCUGAGUGUCAAGGAGGUCAACAGAAUUUUGAGCCUGAACUGGAAGUUAUCGAAAAAACUGUAUCUCAGAUCCAAAACGCUAAGGAAAUUAUCCAAAAUCAUAUAUUUAAUCCUCCUGACUAUUCCGACAGUCAAAGUUGGUCCAAUAAUCUAUCAUCGAAAGUGGUGCUCCUCAUCAGAUAUUUAAGGGAGCGGUUUGAACGGGAAACUACAGACAAGUGUAUUAUAUUUGUAAAACAGCGCUAUACAGCCCGAGUUCUCACUAGAUUACUCGAACAAGAAAGGAUUAAAACAAAAUGGUUAAGGGUAGGCGCACUUGUCGGUACCCGAAGUGGAGAAGCCGGCGAUCUUAAUACAUCCUUCAGGGACCAAGUUAUCACUAUGAUGCAAUUUCGAAAGGGUAAAUUAAAUUGUCUGAUUGCAACCUCUGUCGCAGAAGAAGGUCUCGAUGUUCCUGAUUGUAAUUUGGUCAUUCGAUUUGAUCUUUACUCUACUCUCAUUCAACAUAUUCAAUCUCGUGGUAGAGCGCGGCACGCAAAUUCUAAUUAUCUACAUUUUUGUGAAGCGGGAAAUCAAGAUCAUUCUCGCAUUAUCAUGGAGGUACGAAAAAACGAGAGUAUCUUGAGGGAUUUCUGUAGAAUGCUACCGGAGGAUAGGAAACUCACAGGUAAUGAUAUAACUAUCGAUGAUAUUUUGGCAAAGGAAAAGUAUAAUCGCGUCAUCAAAAUUCCUGAGACAGGAGCUCAACUUAACUAUAAGAUGAGUCUCGUGGUGUUGGCAAAUUUUGUCGACAGGCUGCCUAACGCCGCUGAUGGAAACCUUCAGGUCGAAUAUGUGAUGAUAAGUACGCUUAAGAAAUUUCAAUGCGAAGCCAUUCUACCUGAAUCAUCCCCAGUAAGAGGCGCAAUUGGUGAAUGGUGCUCAACCAAACAGGUUGCUAAAUGCUCAGCAGCAUUUGAAACAUGCUUGAAGCUGCUAGAGGGCAAAUACUUGGAUAAUUGGCUGAUUCCUACCUUCUCAAGAAAAAUUCUGCCUGCUAUGCGGAACGCUAAACUAGCUUUGGAUUCAAAGAAAAGAUCAGCAUAUACAAUGCGAACUAAACCUGAAUUAUGGUCUAUUACAAGCACAACUCCAGAAUUUUACGUUAAUGUAUUGGUGUUAGAACAGCCCGAAUCGGUAGGCAGGAGAACACAGCCCUUGGCACUCUUAACGAGAUCUCACAUGCCUCAUCUUCCCUCAUUUAUGCUCCAUUUCGGUGGCGGCUGUAACUCUCUAGCUCACUGUAUUUCACUUGGUGCCAUCAAGCUUGACGCAGAUAUGAUUGAACAGAUCAACACCUUUACUCUCUGUAUUUUUAAUGAUGUUUUCAGCAAGUGCUAUGAAUCGGACUCCAGUAAAAUGCCAUAUUUCUUAGUUCCCGCUAAAGACAGUUUUACUUUCAGAGAUCAUAACAUUGAUCCGUUCCAAGUAGUAGACUGGGAAGCCGUGACGAAGAUGGCUGAAUACCAGAUAAAAUGGAGCAAAGAUCAGUGGGGUGAUAAGUCUUGGAUGACAGAAAAAGAUGAGUUUCUGGCUGAUAGGUUUAUAAUUGAUCCAUAUGACGGCUCUCGGAAACUUUAUUCCAUUGGUGUCACCAAAGAUUAUAAACCUCUUGAUCCCGUCCCACCCAAUACCGCCCCGAGAAGUGGAGCGAGAAAAAACAAUGACAACAUCAUGGAAUAUAGCUGCAGUCUAUGGGCAAAGGCAAGGGCUCAGCGAGAGUUUGAUGUAAACCAACGUGUAGUUGAGGCUGAAUAUAUUUCUCUACGUCGUAACCUUCUUGAUCAAUUCGAUGUCCUUGAAGAUCACACUCCAAAGCAAUGCUUUAUAAUCCUAGAACCGCUAAAAAUCUCCCAGCUAUCCACUAAAGUUGUCGCAAUGGCAUACAUCUUCCCGGCUAUAAUUCACCGUAUUGAGUCUUACUUGAUUGCGCUGGAAGCUUGUGAGCUACUUCAUCUUGAACUUAGACCUGAAUUAGCACUCGAAGCAGUCACCAAAGAUUCAGAUAAUUCUGGACAAGAUGAUGAAACUCAAAUUAACUUCCAACGCGGAAUGGGGAACAAUUAUGAGCGACUAGAGUUUCUGGGCGACUGUUUCUUAAAAAUGGCAACAUCCAUUUCUCUUUACGGGCUUCAACCAGAAAAUAAUGAGUUCGCAUACCAUGUGGAUCGCAUGUUGCUGACCUCCAAUAAAAACUUAAAGGACAAUGCCUUGAAACUAAAAUUAUAUGAGUUUAUUCGCUCUCAGAGCUUUAACCGACGCGCUUGGUAUCCAGAGGGCUUAGUAUUACUGAAAGGCAAGACAGCAAAAGCACCGAAAAGUCACGAUCUUGCUGACAAAACGAUUGCUGAUGUUUGCGAAGCUCUGAUUGGAGCUGCGUUGCUUAGCUACCAUGAGACCAAAAACAUGGAUAUGGCUGUAAGAGCCGUGACCGAACUUGUCUGUAGCGAUCAUCAUAGAGCUACAUCAUUUUCUGACUACUACAAACUAUACGUUAAACCUAAAUACCAAAUUCAACCAUCCACUCAGUCACAGCUCCUUUUAGCAUCUGACACAGAGAAACAGCACCCCUAUAAAUUUCGGUAUCCUCGUCUACUCUGCUCUGCGUUCACACAUUCUUCAUUUCCACGUUCGUUUAACGGGAAGGUACCUAGCUAUCAACGCCUAGAAUUUUUGGGCGAUGCUCUCCUAGAUAUGGCUUGUAUCAACUACCUUUUCCAUAAUUUUCCCAACAAAGAUCCGCAAUGGCUUACGGAGCACAAAAUGGCCAUGGUCUCUAAUAUGUUUCUAGGUGCACUCUGCGUUCAUCUCGGCUUUCAUAGACAUCUCUUAGUAUUCAAUAGUACAUUUAUGCAACAAAUUGGGGACUAUAUUGUUGAAGUCACAGAGGCUCGACUGCAGUCAGAGAAGGAGGCAACUGAUGCGGGCAAAUCUCCGGAUGAUUGCUCGCCUGAUUACUGGAUCUCUGUACGCCAACCACCUAAAUGUCUACCAGAUAUAGUCGAGGCAUAUAUUGGCGCAAUUUUUGUUGACUCCGAGUACGAUUAUGCAGAGGUGGAAAAGUUUUUUGACGCACACAUUGUAUGGUUUUUCCGUGACAUGAGUGUCUACGACACAUUUGCCAAUAAUCAUCCGACGACUUUUUUGUCAAACUUUCUAGAAGUAAGCAUGGGAUGCCAUGCAUGGUCAAUGAAGGUUGGCGACAUACCAAAUGACGAUGGUGGUAAAGGCUCAAUUGUGGUAAUGGUCAUCAUACACGGCACGGUUAUUGCUCAUGCCAGGGCCGAGAGCUCAAGAUACGCGAAAAUUAAUGCGGCGAAGAGUGCCAUGGAGAUACUUGAUGGAAUUGGGCUGGGAGAAUUUAGAAUGAAAUACGAAUGCGAUUGUAAGCCCAUCUUUACCGGGUCCGAAAAAUUGAGAGAGGAAGAUUUGAAAGGAUAG